ACGCUAUGUUUAUGUCUUUAUAGUAGGCUAAUGCAUCGCCAACAGGGUGCUGUAAUAAAACCAGAUGGCAUAAGAAUAGGCCACCUACAGACCAAACACAAUCACAUGGACAGGCACGCACGCACGCACGCGUACUGAGUGGAGGAGUGUCAUUUUUUACAUCAAAUUAUACUAGCUAGCGCAUCUUUAGAAUCACGGAUCCAUAGAUGUGAGGCGGAUUUACAUCAAUAGUCAUAUCAUUUAGGAAGUCUGCCAAUGACUGUGAUGUCAAAAGACCAAUGGGGAGUGAGAGUGCAGCUUCAGGAAGAAAACACUGGACACCUGACUGGUCCUAACCUUACCCGGGGUGGGAUCUAACAGGUUCUCUCAGUAGAGAACCAUGGGUUGUGGUGGCAGCAGAACAGAUGCUUUGGAGCCACGGUACCUGGAGAGCUGGACCAAGGAGACAGAGUCAACAUGGCUACCAAGCACCGACACAGACAUCCCCCUGUCGUCCAUACACAGCAUCCCGUCAGAGAACUCCUCCGAGAUGGGCUUCAUUUCUGAAAAAAGCGACACCCCUGUUGCAGAUUUCUUUGAUGAUGGCGUGCCUACUCCUGCCCAGGCCUACCUGAAGGUUUGCUCUGCCAUGUCUGAGGCCAGCCUUGAUAGAGGAAAUCCUGACAGUCUGCCUGCAAUACUGGCCUCCCAACACCAGGAUGUGUCAUUACCUUCCACUGGCACAACCGUACAGCGCAGGAGUGUCCUUCGCACAGAAGAAAUUACAAAGUGGCAGGACAACAGAAUGUCCACCAAACAGGUCACCAUCACGGUGACACAGAGCAUUCGUCAAGUCGACAAGAGUGGCAAGAUCAAGGAGAAGUCCCUCACUACCUACGAGGUGAUGAAGCCUAUGGAGGCUCUGAAGGAAGUGACAACAGAGAACACAGAGGUGCACUGAGAGACCUGAGCUAAAGUACCUACAAACUAUAACGACCAAAAGCUGUUGAAUACCGUGAUAAGGACUUUUAUGAGUGAAAAACUCAAGGCUUCUUCUGAAAGAGUAUAUUGUAUUUUUUUUAAACAGGACUUCGGACCAACAGUUUCCAAGGCCUUUUGAGCUUUUGAAACUGAUAUAAUAGUUUCACUAGUGAACUAGCUAUUCGCCCUUUGUAGGAAGUGUUAAAGUUUGAUGUUUUGCAAUGUACAUGUAUUUCUAUCUGUGACUGGUCGUGUUUCGUCUUUGCUAAUAACAAGUGUUCUUUUAGAGGAUCAUGUUUACAAGAGGUCUACUUGGCUGGUUAAAGCAAUGCAACAAACCUCCAAUGUCAGACAUGUUCUUUCUUCCCACAAAACAGCGUGAGAAGAAACCUUAACGACAAUCCUAUUUCAAACAGUACAUACUAUUUUAUCACAGACAAAAACCAUUGUUAUUCAAGGUUAACACUGUGAAACCGGGAACGGCGUGAAGGACAUAUAUUCAUUUAUAUAGAAUUUAGACAUUUCCUAAGAUGUUCUAUCAAACUGCAUUCAUGAACUUGACAAGCAUGUGCACUCUUGUACAACUACAGUACAUGUAGUAUAGCAGGGUUGGCUGGUUUAGACAUGGUUUGUGUCUACAUGAUGUACAGCGGCUAUAACUGGAUAACAACCCAUUUUAUAUUUUGUAUGAAUUGUAAUAGGGCACAUUGUACACUGUCUUCUUGGCUUACCUUAUCCUGUCAGGUGUAUCAGAACAGUCUACAUUUGUACUGAAAAUAAAUCAUACAGUUUACUACUUAAUUCUUAGUUUUUCCUAAAUGAAAUCACUUCAUGGAAGUUGUAUGGCAUCGUUAAGUUUGCUUAUCUAAGUUCUUAUCAAAGUAGAACAUUAUUAUUUAAACAAAUCUACAGUCAAACAUUACACUUUGUUCCGUAUAAAACAUGUCAAGGGUGAAUGUAUUAUACACACAAGACACACUUUCAGUGGUAUUCUUAUGGUAAUACAUAUUAUGUACUGUAACAUAAC